UCCCACAGACUCACAAAGUCCUGCAGCCUUGUUUAUCAACAACACCCACCCGCUGCGGUACAACUUGUUCAACUACAGCUGACGCGAUUUUUAUCUUGGUCAAACAAACAUCUCACCUUUAUAACCGAUAACAGACCGUAUAACGGUCUUUUUUGUCGGUGACUCGGUGUUUUAAUCAUGUCUACCGGAGUCCCCUCUCUGUUAAUCUCCUGGCUGGCUUUGGCCGCUGUGCUCGGUUCGGUGCUCGGGCUUAGUGAGGACCUCGACCGGCCUCUGUUCGGGCCUCCAGGGUCUCCCAUCCGACUUCAUGAGUCCGACCCGGGACUGAAGAAGGCUCUGGGUUUCGCCGAGGAGCGCUAUAACCGGGGCUCCAACGCCAUGCAUCUCCGCAAAGUCAGCCGCUUCAUCUCGGCCACCAAGCAGGUAACAAUAACAUCAGCUUCUGAGGAUAUCUUUGAUCAAAUUCAUUCACAACAUCGAACAUCACAUGAAACAUUGCAACAGCAGACUGGUAAAAGUCAAGGAUUUUAGUAGUCCAACGCUGUGUUACAUACAGCCGUAGCUGUGCGCACUAAGAUAAUCACAACAUGGUUCCCAAAAGCUCCUUAAAGCUGCGUCACACGAACCAGAUUUAACUCAACAAAGGAGGUGACCUGUAUCACGUUAUCUGUUCAUACAUUAGAUUAAAAUAUCAUUCUUUUUGAAAGAACUUCUGUGAUUUGACUUUAUCUGAAAAUUCAUCUUCUUAUUCCACUUAAACAAUUUUGAAAUCCUUUAGAAAAACACGAAGUGAGCAUAUGUAACAUGUUAUAAGCUCCUAUCUUACAACAGCAUUGUUAGCUGGCCUCCUCACAGUUGCAUUGCGCACCCAUCUGUCCAGAAAGGUCUAGUGCCACCAGGCUGUCAGUGUAGCAAACUGAGAGUCAAGACAGAACAACAAAGUCAGCAUUCACAUAGAGCCAAAGCAGAGGCUUGUGUGAGACACACAUAUACUACAUGAAAACCCUGACACAAUGCUCAUGCCCUGUUAAAUGCUUCAUGUAUUAAAAAACGGCACUACUUCAUGUUUGUUUUUCAGCUGGUGAAGGGUAUCCGCUACACUAUAACAGUGGAACUGAGUAACACUCAAUGUAAGAAAUCCUCCAUGCUCAGGACAUGUGACUUCUAUCCCGAGUCACAGAAACUUAAGGUAUGUUGUUUACAUCUGUAUGUGUGAGUGGGGAUGUGUGAAUUAAAGUGAUCUCACAGAAAAAGAGGGUGGAACAUCCUCGUAGCUUUGGAACAGCAUAUUUUUAUUAAAGUUGUAUAUUAAACUUCCCAUAAUGGGAAUGCUGCUGCGUGAGAAUCUAAUAAGUGUGGCUGCACAGUUGUGUGCAUUUAGCAGAGGUAUGACCUAUAACUGGAUCUUAUGACUUCAGUCUGACUCGGAAUAACCACAAGCAGGCUUAUUCUGCUGCUCUACAUCCAUGCUUGCACGACAUGGACAAAUGGGCUUUUUGUUAGUUCCUUUUGUUCCACUAUCCUCUUACUCAAUAAACACCCUCUCUUGGCCAAAGGACAAAGUAAGUAAAUGGAGCUAUUUCACUCUUAUAAAUGUAAAGACAUACAGAAGACAAACAUUGUUUUUUUGUGUGAUUAGCUUGAGCUACAUAGUGUUAAGCAAUAUUAAUUAACAGUUCACUCUUUUAAUGUACAAUAUCUGUGUCUUAUUUGUUUUUUGUUCAUAUCAGACAGAGGUGUGUGUGUUCGAAGUGUGGGACAUUCCCUGGCAGGGCACCUCAACUCUGCUCAAACAGAAAUGCCAGCUCAAAGGUAAGACAUCAGCAAAAAAUGUGACCCUCAACCAUCUCAGUCACAAAUAAUACAACCAAAAACACAAUUUAAGUUUGCUGUGAAUGACUGUGAACUCUCAGAUGUCAUUUACUCUUACAUUCAAAGGUUUGAGAUAUGCUUUAAUACAACUAACUUGCUUUGGUUAUGAUGUUAUCCUCAUUGCUUAAAUCCUGCCCUCAAGGUUGGCAAUCGCUCCUUUUAGUCAUAUAAGUGCUGUUUCACACCACAUAGUAAAGAACAUUUGCAGUAAUCCUGCAGGUUUACUUGUCUCAUCUUGUCUCAUCUGCCUGAACCAUCCAGUCAGUGCAAGUAUUUGUCCUUGUGGAAAGGCUUGAUGCAAAUGUUCUCUGAACUUUGAUCAGAUUUUGUUUUGUUUGGCUAAAAAACAUUGACCACAAAUAGACUGAUCUGACCUUCAAUGCUUGAUUAUUAUGUAAUGUCACUGUUAGAUAACCUCACUGUUGAGGAAUACGUAAUACCCAAAUGAUAAAGGACAAGACCAGGUUCAAAUGUCGUCUUGUAAUGUCGAGAUCUUUUUUCCUCUCAAUGGUUAUGAUGGAGCCCAGUUUUUAGUUGGCCUCAUUUACUUAACUCACUAAUUUGAAGUUGUUGAAAAUCAAUAAAGUUUUAAAGGGAUGUUACAUCUGUGUAUGCUAACAUGUGCUUUUAAAUGUCUCUGAUUAGCUGACUCUGAACAAGAAGAGACCACCAAAGUCGUGGAUGCAUCGACUAGCCCACUUUCGGAGGUAAAAACACAAAGCCGGAUCAAUAACAGGACCACCAACAAUCUUGAUCUUCCCUCUCUUUAUCAGCCCUUCAAGCUGGUGUCAAAUGUUCCACUUCUAUCAGCUGAAUCAGUCAAUCAAUCAAUCAACUUUAUUUCUACAGCACAUUUAAAAGAACCACGGGGGUAGCCAAAGUGCUUGUACACUGAACUGAGUGCUGAAAUUUGUAAUUUAAGUAGGUCUUCGUUGCUCAUUUUGUUUGUCUGCCGUUUUUCCAGCAGGAGUCUGUGGAGCUGUUGGGGAAGUUCAAAGAGUUCAUGGUUAAAUACAAGAAAGACUACAACACUCAGGAGGGUGAGUGACUGAUACCUGUAUUCUUAAAUGUGCUGUGAGGAGUUUCUAAUUGGUUGAGAAACAGUCUAAAACCUUACACCAAGGCCUCUUUAUGACCUUUAAAAGCCAAUGGGACCAUCAGCAACAGCAAUGAAUAUUUCUCAGCUGAAGGAUUUUAAAGCCUGACACUGCUAUAAAGUGAGUAGGUGUCAGACCAGAUGAACCAGAUCUUUUACCCUGGCAUCUGCUCACGGUGGGUGGUAUGAUUGACAUUUAAAGGACAAAAGAAAGAGGCUUUGGUCUGAAAACACUUUGUGCACAUGUACAGGACAAGAUAAGACUUUGUCAAAACAGACCAAAAAAUUCCUCACAGCAGCUCUAUCAUACAAAACAUACAUGGGUGCAUUGUGUUAAAGUCCUGCCUCUUUGUCUGCUUAUAGCAACAAUGAAUUCCUUAGGUCCCAUACAGAAACCCAAACAUGUGCAUAAUAUCAGACUCUUCAAUGCUGUGCAAAUUCUGAAUGAUUAAUUAUCAAUCACUUACUAAAAGAAAAUCUUAAUUUUUCCCCAGUAUAAUAACAAUACUUCUUCCUAAAUCAUAUUGCUUUAUUUUGCACAACUUCAUGACACGUUCCUGAACAUAAAGGGAAUUAUAAUUGUUUAACUCGCUGAAUAUCUUAAUGUUGAGUAGGAUUAUAAAAAUAAAAAUCUCCACAGAGAUGAAGUCGUGUAGAGCGAGGCUCAAACUACUAAAUGUGAAACUGCUCCAACAACAGAUCACAGUGUUAAUUUUCUUUCUACUACCAGUCCAGCAGCAGCAAACAUGCCCAGAAGGCGAAUAUGUUAGUGAUACGCAGAGACAACUGUGCGCCACCUUUUCCAGUCAGUGAAAUCUCUGCGUGCUGACUUUCUAUCAGUUUGCCGGCUUUGCGUUGCAGGAUGGAGUGAUUUCUUGUAACAAAGUGUCAACUUCCAUGUCCCUGCUGUCAGUGGCUGGGGCAGUUGUUUCUUGCUUUCGCAAAAAAGAGGAGCCUUCUUAGAGACUGGAACAAGGCUUUUCUGAUGGGGGGUGACAUGUUUUGAGCUUCAAACACACCAUGGUAACCAUGGUAUAAGAGACCUCAUGUUGAUAAAAAAAAAGACAAAAACAGAAGGAAAAGUGUCGUCCUAAAAUAAAAACAGUUCCUACAAGAGAAGCUGUCAUGGGGAACUUAAAAGUCAUGGGUUGGUUUGCCAUCAGACUCAUUUGUUGUUUCAAAACUUGGUCAAAGGGCAAGUGUCUGAAAUGGAACUCUUGCAAUUCCUUAACUCGUGUUCUUAGUCUGUGUUUGUUUGUGUGUUUGUCCUGCAGAGACAGAGCGUCGUUUGCAAAUCUUCCAUGAGAACUUGAAAACAGCAGAGAAGCUUCAGUCAUUGGAUCAAGGGUCAGCCGAGUAUGGAGUCACCAAGUUCAGCGACCUAACCGGUACGUGCAUCUGUAUGGGUUUUGCCUGUGUGCUCACACACUUUCUGGUACUUCUCCAAAGUUGCAGAUGAGGACAUACAUCCUCCUGCUUCAUGUGGGUUGCAUCAGCCUCAGUGGACAGUUUACUGAGUAAUGAAAACCUUCAGCUGCUCUCUUUCUUUUUAAAUCCUGUUUCUGUAGAGGAAGAGUUUCGUUCUGUGUACCUGAACCCACUGCUGAGUCAGUGGACACUUCACCGACAAAUGAAACUGGCCGCUCCUGCCAAAAGCCCCGCCCCUGCCAGUUGGGAUUGGAGGGAUCAUGGAGCUGUUAGUCCUGUUAAGAACCAGGUACCAGCCAGCAGACCUAAUUACAGAGGAUUAACUUUAAAUAGAGCGUAUGAAUUAAUGAUCAUCUUUUCCUGUGUGUGUCUGCGCGUGUGUGUGUCUUUCAUAAAGGGCAUGUGUGGGUCUUGCUGGGCAUUUUCUGUCACAGGCAACAUCGAAGGCCAGUGGUUCCUGAAAAAUGGGUCCUUACUGUCUCUUUCUGAGCAAGGUAAAAAAGCAGAUUUUCACAAACCCACGGUCACCAAAAAAAGCAGAGAUACGAAGAAAAAUCAAUAUCUGCCUUCUGCAGAAUGAGUCCACUUUACCUUUGCAGAUAAAACCCAUGGUUUGAGUGCUUUAUUGAUUUGUUUCCCUCAGAACUGGUUGACUGUGAUGGGCUGGACCAGGCAUGCAGAGGGGGGUUGCCAUCAAAUGCUUACGAAGCAAUUGAGAAGCUGGGUAAGACAGACAUGGGCAUAACUCAUGAGUGCAGCACUUUAUUUCUCUCACCCCCUUUUAUUGUCAUGAAAUUCAAGUGGUUUUCUAACUUCUUUGCACCCAUUACAUUUCAUUUGUGCCAGAAUUGAUUGUCCGAGCUAACGCAAAUCUUCUUUUUUUAUAUGUUGUCAAGGUGGCCUUGAGACUGAGUCUGACUAUUCCUACACUGGACACAAACAAAAGUGUGACUUUACCAACAGGAAAGUGGCAGCCUACAUCAAUAGCUCUGUGGAGCUGUCCAAAGAUGAAGAGGGUAAGUGAGCUCGAUGAAGAAGAACAGAUAAAUGUGUUGAAAGAAGUUCCCUCUACAUUAGACACAUGGAACCUUUUUUAAUCUGUAGUUGACAAAAACAGUAUUUCAACUGAAUGAUCAAACAGUAACGUCACAUUAAAGUAGUAGAGAUUUGUCGGUGUUGACUUUACAGGUGUAAUACAGAAAUAUCUCUCAUGCUGCUUUCUCUCCAGAAAUUGCUGCUUGGCUGGCUGAGAAUGGACCCAUCUCUGUUGCUCUGAAUGCCUUCGCCAUGCAGGUUUGCAGAUUUGUUGUGUCUAUACUUAUCCAUGACAGUAACAGACAUAUCAACGAAAUCUGCUUCACUUAACUCACCCCAUGUUAGAUACACAUUGAUACACGAUAUACUUUCAAGGUUUUAAUGAGAAAAUGUCACUCUUUUUAAUUUUCUUUGAACUUUUCUAGUUUUACAGGAAAGGUGUAUCUCACCCUUUGAAGAUUUUCUGCAACCCCUGGAUGAUUGACCAUGCUGUCCUGAUGGUGGGAUACGGGGAACGUGAGUAUUUUCAUUAUUCUUUGUUUGUCCAUGUUCAUGUGACAGACACAUUUGUUUUUCUCAGUAGCCACACUUUUUCGUAAAUCUGGGUAGACUCAUGUUCACUGUAUGGAUGCUUCUUUGCUAACAGGUAAAGGCACUCCAUUCUGGGCCAUCAAAAACAGCUGGGGCGAAGAUUACGGAGAGCAGGUGAGACAACCUUUUCUGGAAACAAUGUUUGUCAGUCAGAGAUAAAAAUCACAUAAAGUGUGAAAUUAAACACAGUGUAAUAUUUUAUAUUCUAAUUAUUCUUUAAAUUUUGUUACUGCUGGGAUAAAGUUGUAAGAGUCUUUGUGUUUUUUCUUGUCUCCUCUUUCUUGCACAGGGUUACUACUACUUGUACAGGGGGUCCAAUGCGUGCGGGAUCAACAAGAUGUGCUCAUCUGCUGUCGUCAACUAAACACAAGAGCCAACAUAUUGACUCGCACAGACACAAUCAAGCUGCCACACUAAAAGCUGAUUCCAUUACUGAUACUGCACAAAGUUAUUUGAUCCAAACUGCAUGAUGGUCAUGAUCAAACACAGAUAAAGUCCUGUUGCUGUAACUUAAACCAGACUAGUUCUCAUACCCUCGUACCUCACACCUCGUGUCAGUUUACUGAAACUUUAAUUUAUUGAAAAUGGACCAUUUCAAAUAAAAUUAGAGCCGCUGACAAAUUGUAAAUAGACUUAUAUUCAUACUGAUUUUACCUCUGCAUUUUAUUCUACUAACUUGGCAGGUCAAUGUAGAGGGAGUGUUUUAGGGGUUUUUGGUUUUACCUCAUCUUUCCCUGACAGUAGCUUAGCCAGAGUUUGAAGCUUCUGUGAGGACUUUGUGUCGAUGUUGGCGCCCCCUGUUGUUUCAGUGGUACUUUUAUCCCUUGUACCUUGUCCUGUUGUGUAAUCUUGACAUAUAGUCUCAUCCUGCUGUCUUUAGCUGUAAGUGUUUUUAACCUUUUAAUGAACGUUCAUUUUUGCUUAGAAAUAAGUGGAAAUAAAAAAAAGUCUGAUUUUUCAGGAUGAAGUCAUUUGACACUUACUCCCUCUUCAGGUAGGGUUUUGGGCAUGACAAAAUUAUACUACUGAAACUGUCUGUUGCUGAUGGUCUCAUUGUCACAGGUCGUAAAGACACACAGCUGUUCAUUUCCGUGUGUUUUUACUACUAGGUAACAUCUCCUCACAGGAGCCUUGAUUAAGACAGCACUAACCAUGUUUAGACACCUUUGCUGCAAGUUUUCUUAUAUAUUCCAUUAAUGCUAUGAAGUGUGAGUAUUCUUGAAUGAUUGAAGUUCAAACUUUUUUUUUGCACUACUACAUAAUGAAAAUGCAAUUGUAAAGACUGCUGUAAAACCAUGAGGAACAGAUGUAAGGUUGAAUAAAAACAUUGGCAAUUUUAGUCUUGAUUUAGUUUCUAUUUUAUUCAAACCCCACAGCAAUGACAGGAAAUUGUAUUCAUCAAACAAUAAAAGGG